CUGUCGCAAGUCGAAUUCAGUUCAGGUCGCGUGCGUUACCGUGGUCACAUCGCGCGCCGUAGUGAACAUGGCGGAUGGGGAGAGCUCGGUAAACGGGCUGCAGCUGUGCACGAGAUGGUGGGAGGCAUCAGACCGGGGAGCUGCAAUACUUCAUUAUAUUGUGGAGCAGGUCCCGCAUAUUUAUUGCCUGGAGGCUGAGCCACAACCUGUAGAAGAAGAGCAACAGGUGCGGGAGCACAUCCUGCACCCUCUGGAGUGCUUCCUUUUUGGGGAGGACCCAAGUGUUGGCCUACAAAAACUGGAACACAAAAAUUACGGUUCAUCCUCUCAGCAAUGUGGACGUGUUUUUAAAGAGGGCGAGACGGUAUAUUCCUGCAGGGAUUGUGCAAUAGAUCCCACCUGUGUGUUAUGCAUGGACUGCUUUCAGAAUAGUGUACACAAAGGACACCGCUACAAGAUGCAUGCGUCAUCAGGAGGAGGCUUCUGUGACUGUGGGGACUUGGAGGCCUGGAAGACCGGCCCCUGCUGCUCCCAACACGACCUCGGCACCUCUGUAGCCAUGGAGACGGAUGACUGUGUUUUGGGGGCAGAACUGCAGGAGCGAGCUCAGACACUGUUCCAGGUGUUGCUGUGCUACAUCACUGACCUGAUGGUGUGGGAAGAGGGUGAUGAGCUCUCUGAGGAAAUGAAGCAAGGAUUGAAGGAAGACACAUACUACUGUGUCCUUUACAAUGAUGAGCACCAUUCUUAUGACCAAGUGAUCUAUGCUCUUCAGAGGGCCAUUAAUUGUGACCACAAUGAAGCUAACACACACACCGCUCUAAUUGAUAAGGAGGGACGCAGAGCUGUAAAGAGAGGAACCCUAAGAACCUGUGAAGAAGUAAAAGAUCUCAUCAGGUCAAACUCAGAACACAUUACUCAGCAGGCCUUGCGAGUAGAGAUUCUGCACUCAGCUGUGAUGGCUCAUCAGACCUUUGCUCUCAGGCUUGGUGCUUGGCUUCAGCAGAUUAUUGGCUACUCAGUGGGCUUUAGGCAGGUGUUUUGCCAGGUGGCUCUGGAGCCUGGUGCUGACAGUGAUAAACCCUGUUUGAUCAGUAGACUUAUGCUCCAUGAUGCCAGACUCUACAAAGGAGCCCGCAAGGUCAUCCAUGAGCUGAUUUUCUGUAGUCUGUUGAUGGAAACAGAGUAUAAAAAGCAGUUUGCCAUGAAGUUUACAGAGCACUAUAAGCAGUUGCAGGAGGAUUUCAUCAGUGAUGACCAUGAGAGAAACAUCUCAAUCACAGCCUUGUCUGUGCAAAUCUUCACUGUACCCACCCUGGCUAGGCAGUUGAUCGAAGAGGGCAGUGUGAUAAAGGUGAUUAUUGACACAGUCAUGGAAAUGCUGAGGGAACAUUUGGACAACAACCAACGGUUCCAUUUUCAGGGCUACAAUUCUGACAAGUUCUUCCGAAUUCAAGUGAUCUUCCAUGACCUCAGGUACAUUCUGAUCAGUAAACCCACAACAUGGACUGAACAAUUGAGGGGGAAGUUUCUUGAAGGGUUUAGUGCCUUUCUGGGGCUACUUAAUUGUAUGCAGGGAAUGGAGGAGGUAAAGAGGCAGUUUGGUCAGCACAUUGAGGUUGAACCCGAAUGGGAGGCGGGUUUCUCCAUCCAGAUUCAGCUCCGCCACAUUCUGUCCAUGUUCCAGGACUGGUGCUCCUCCGAUGAAAGAGUUUUGCUGCUGGCCUUCCAGGAGUGUCAUCGGGCGCUGUUGCGCUGCACUAACCAGCCCUUCCACAGCGAGCCUUCUGACAGCUACAUGUGCAAACACAUCCUCCACACGCGGCCAUAUAAAGUCUCCCAGGAGCCUGUCUCCAUUCAUUUGCCAAUUACCAGACUGCUGGCUGGUCUUUAUGUACUCUUGUGUCGGGCAGACGCUGUCAAAUACCUCCCUGAUUUUGUGGAUCCUGAGCACCUGGACUUCUCUGCAUUUGCAGAGCAUCCCCUGCGCUGUGUAGUGCUGGCUGCCGAGGUGUCUGCAGAGAUGUGGCGCCGAAAUGGCCUCUCCCUAGUCAGCCAGGUGUACUACUAUCAAGACGUCAAAUGCAGAGAUGAAAUGUUUGAUAAGGACAUAAUCAUGCUUCAGAUUGCUGCCUCCAAAAUGGACCCAAACCACUUCAUUAUGCUUAUUUUGUUGAGAUUUGAACUCUUUGAGGUUUUUAAUGGAAAUUGUUCAAGUAAAGAUCAGGACCUCCUGAAACAGUGGAAUAGAUUGACAGAAGAAAUGCUGUACCUGUUGAUUGUCAUCGUAGGCGAGCGGUAUGUCCCUGGAAUCAGUAAUGUGACUAAACAGGAAGUGACAAUGAGAGAAGUGAUUCAUUUGUUGUGUAUAGAACCCAUGGCUCACAGUAGCUUGGUCAAAGGACUGCCAGAAAAUGAAAGUCAUGAAACUGGGCUUGAAUCUGUUAUUGCAAAAGUUGCCACGUUCAAGAAACCAGGAGUCUCUGGUCAUGGUUUAUAUGAACUGAAGAAGGAAUGUCUUAAGGAGUUUAAUCCGUUCUUUUACCAUUACACCAAAUCACAACAUAGCAAGGCUGAAGAUGCACAGAAAAAGAGAAGGGCCCAAGAUGGGAGUGAUAAAGCUCUUAGGCCCCCAGUACCGCCUCCCUUCACCCCUGCCUUUUCUAGCAUAGUGCGGCUGCUGUGCUGUGAUGUGUUUAUCCAUGUGCUGAGGAGAGUACUGCAGAGGGCAGUGGAGGAGCGCUCCACUCUGUGGAGCGAGGCCAUGAUCCAAAGGGCAUUGCAUCUUGUAGGCCAGGCAUUGAUUGAGGAGAAAACUCAGCUGGAGGCCAGCAAUGUUGAUGAAGUGACAUUUGACUUCAGUCACAAGGCACGAACAAUUGGCUCGGAUCAUGGCAAGUCGUUAUUCCAUUUUCUGUCCCAGAUGAAGACGCUGCCUUCUCUUGAUGCUCAGAAGGACAUGAUUAAUUGGUUACUACAGAUGUUUGAGAUUGUGAAGUGCCUUCGUGAGAAAUCCAGCCCUUCUGCUGCGUGUGCAGUGGAUCAGACUAAGCCUGAGGAGAGUUUUCAGGACCGCAAGAGGAAGGCUGAGGCUGCGAAGCUGCACAGGCAGAAGAUUAUGGCUCAGAUGUCUGCCAUGCAGAAGAACUUUAUUGAGACUCACAAGAUGCUAUAUGACAAUGUGCCUGAGAGUGGAAGCCAAGGCGAGCCUGCAACGCCUAUGGAUUGCAGUGCGAUGGAGUUUGAAGAGAGGCAUGUGGCAGUGGGGCCUCAGCAGGGAGUGUGUCCUGCGGACUGGGAAGCUCUGACCUGUAUCCUGUGUCAAGAGGAACAGGAGGUACAGGCUCGGGCUCCAGCCAUGGUCCUCACAGCCUGUGUACAGAGAUCUACAGUCCUCACCCAGUACAGGGGCAAAACCCUCUCCACAAAGGAAGGCUCCUACCCCCUGUUUAUGCCUCCUGAUCUAGCUGUGGGCACUCACACUGGGAGCUGUGGACACGUCAUGCAUGCCACCUGCUGGCAAAAGUAUUUUGAGGCAGUGCAGAACACUACUCGGAACCGGCUGCAUGCUGAGCUGAUUAUAGACUUGGAGAAUGGGGAGUAUAUGUGCCCACUCUGCAAGUCUCUCUGCAAUACUGUGGUCCCCCUUAUUCCCUUGGAGCCAAGCAAACUCAACUAUGAGAGUGCCAAGUUGGUUGGUGAAGUCCUCACUCUUCCUCGUUGGAUACAGAUAGUACUGGCUCGGAUCAAAGGCCUCAGAGCUGCUCAAAGAGCUGAACUCAUUUAUCGUAUAGUUUCAGAUAAUAAUGCUGAGAUGGGGAAAGAGGAAAAAGGGUUCUUUGAGGAUGACCAAACUGACUUCAGGUCAAUCCUCAGCUUCGGAGUUCAGCCACCGCCUAAGUACUCCAGCAGCAUAACAGAUAUGCUGGUAGUGUGUGCCACUACAGUGCACAGGGUGGGUCUGCAGACUGCACCCAAUGAGCUGUGCCCUCAUGUGCCUGUCAUGACCUGGAACACCUGCGCCUACACCAUUCAGGCUGUUGAGAACAUGUUGCAGGAGGAGGGAAAAGCUCUAUUUGGUUCUCUACAGAACAGACAGCUGUCUGGACUGAAAGCAGUGGUACAGUUCUCAGCAGUUCAGAGACUGAAGAGCUUUCAAACAGUCAUCCAGAAGCAUUUUACAGACAUGCUAGCAGUCUUGGUGCCUGUCCCUGAUACAGAAGGCACACCCUCAAUAUUAGAAGUAGACUUCUUUCAUCUCUUGGUGGGGCUUGUUUUGUCUAUACCUGCGCUGUAUCAAGAAGAAAAUGUUGACUUGCAGCCUUCAGCAAUCAGUACAGCAUACAAUCACCUUCACCUAGUGCACCUAGUCACUGUGGCCCAUGUAGUGCAGGUCCUGCUGUCCUCACAUGACUCCAGUGGAGUGAUAGGAGGGGGAGAUGAAGAGGAGGCCAGAGCUGCAGAAGCACUUUACUCUACUGUAUCGCAACACACAGAGGGGCUAAGGUCAGGUGUAUCUGGUUCCAUGAUUGCAGACAGAGUAAGGAGAGGUGUUCUACCCUUUCUUCGCUGUGCUGCACUUUUCUUUAAUUGCCUUACAGGAGUGCCCCCACCAGAGGCCCUCUCCAGUACUGCAGAGUCCCCUGACAGUCAGUUGCCUCUGCUAUGUAGUUACCUCGCUUUGCCCUGCAACCUGUUCCAGCUCUUCCAGGAACACAGGGACACUGUAACCCCCUUAAUACAGAGGUGGUGUGGAAAUGAUGCCAUAUUAAAAGCCCUAAAGGGAGAAAUGAACAUUGUCAGGUAUCCUCGGAAGAGAAACAAGCUGAUUGAUCUUCCUGAGGACUACAGCGUGCUGCUUAACCAGGCCAGUCACUUUAAAUGUCCAAAGUCAUCAGAUGACGAGCGGAAACACCCAACGUUGUGUCUGUUCUGUGGAACCAUGCUUUGUUCUCAGAGCCCCUGCUGUCAUGUGCAGCUGGAUGGGGAGGAGGUGGGCGCCUGCACAGCCCACGCUGCCUCCUGUGGGGCUGGGGUGGGAAUGUUCCUUAGGGUGAGGGAGUGUGAGAUUGUUUUGAUGGCCAGUAGGACACGAGGAAGUACAUAUCCAGCCCCUUACCUUGAUGACUACGGGGAGACAGAUCCUCAGCUAGGGCGUGGGAACCCCCUGCACUUGUGUCCUGAGCGCUACAGGAAGCUGCAACAGUUGUGGCAGCAGCACUGCAUCCUUGAGGAGAUCGCCCGCAGCUUGGAGGUGCUCAACGUCAUGUUUGCCUUUGAGUGGCAGAUGCUGUGAGCUCAGGUUUGGGCAGAGUGGGCCUGCAGGAAGACUGCUGCUGGACUUCAGGGAGUACCAGACUCUCCCACAAUCUCCCGUAUUUUACUCAGUCAGAUAUGUAGGAUAGUCACACAGGAUAUGUAGGAGGGUGGGAUGUUAGUUUGGUCGUCUGUGUUUCAUUUUGGCUUUGAGGAUUUUUUUUUUUUUAACUGUUUAAGGAUUCACUUGGCCUGUGCACGCUAUCAUAGUGAAGCAAGGAAAAGGUCAUCACACAUGUAGCUUUAAUUUUCUUUGUUCAGCUUGAAGUGUUUCCAUGAUUAAGUAAUUAAGUUUUUAGGCAUUGCUUUCUAAGUAUUAAAGUGAGGCAGGAUCAUAUUGUCUUACUUGUGUACGCACUUUUUGCGGAAAAUGCUUUCUGUUCUUUUGCACUUGUGUUAAAUGCUAGCCCAGCUAUCCUGUCCUCCUCAUCUAUGAACUUGUCAUCCUUUCUCUCUACUGUGUGGGAAAACUAUCAAUGUGAAUAUAUUAUACCAGUAUAUGAAUAUAUUAUACAAAGAUCCCUUACAUAUAAAAGGAUGUUCAUUAUUUCCAGAUUGGCAAGUUGUUUUGCCAGUUAAAUUGUAUACCUCUGGCAGAGUUUAUGCUGUUCUUCACCUGUAUAUAAACAUGGAUGAUGUUAGAUUAAUCUUAUUUUACUAAAUGAAUACAAUAAGAAAACAUUGGAAACCAUCAACACACAAGCAGUUCCAAGGUGAUAAUCAUGAGUUUGUAAACCGGAUGCAGGUAUCUUCUUGGUUAGUGAAAUGAAUUUAAUUAUAAGCCAUUUUCAUAAAUGACAGUCCAUUUUGAACUUUACUUCACUAACUAUUGUUACCAUCUUAACUGUUCGGCUAACUUAAUUUAUCACACGUUCACAUCAAAAAUAUUGCAUCUACAUUACUUUAACAGUGCUGGAAGUCAUCUUGCCUGGUGAAAUAAAAUGAUAAUACUGUAAUGAAAA